AUGGGGACAGACGGCCAUGGACAGAGACACGAGGAUGGACAGAGGCACCUCAGGAGAUGCCGCUCACCCCGCGUCCCCCUCACAGGCGCCUUCCUGAUCCACAUGGCCAGCUCCUGCCACCUGGCAGCCAACGGCUCCACCCUGGAUUUUGGCUUCUCCAUCGUCUUCAACAAGAACCAGCUGGUCUGCUACGACCCUGAUGACCGGCUCUUCGUCCCCUGCGACUUUGGGCUGCUCCACCCGUACGCCACCAGCCUUGCUGCCAUCCUCAACAAUGGCACCGCCUGGCUGGAGCGCGUCGAAGCCCGGCAGCGGGCGUGCAGUGACCUGGCCACCCAGUUCUGGGCCUCCUCGGCGCAGCGGCAGACACCACCUCAAGCCCUCGUCAUCUCCUCCGAGACAAGCAACGCCCGGGCGCCCGUCCUCCUCACCUGCCACGUUUGGGGCUUCUACCCCCCCGAGGUGACCGUCAUCUGGCUGCGCAACGGGGACAUCGCUGAGCCCGGCGAACACCCCCCCAUCUCCGCCGUCCCCAACGGUGACUGGACCUACCAGACGCAGGUGACCUUGAUGGUGGCUCCGGUGGCUGGGGACACCUACACGUGCUCCGUGCAACACGCCAGCCUGCAGCAGCCCCUCCUGGAGGACUGGCGUCCUGGUUUGUCCCCAGGGUUGACGUUGAAGGUGGCUGCGGCCACCGUGGUGAUGGCGUUGGGGCUCAGUUUCUUCAUCACCGGCGUCUAUCGCUACCGGGCCAGGCCACCGGCACCGGGUUACACUCCCCUCCCCGGAGACAACUACCCUGCAG